AUUUUUACAAGAAAUUGUAAAACUAUUAGAACCAGUUGAAAUUGUAACGAAACAUUUAUGUGGUGCAAAAAAAAAUGAAACAGUUGAUUCAUAUUUAAAUCUUAUUUAUGAAGAAAAUGUAGAAGAAAAUGAUAGCAAUAUAUUUGAUGAUGAUAUAUCUACUGCUGGUACCCGUCAACAAUGGCAAUAUGCACAUCGUCAAUUUAAUCAAAGAAUGAAUGCUCGUAGUCAAGAAAAAAAACAAAUUCAACAAAAGUCAAUCAAAAAACGAAUCCGAACAGAAAACAAUAUAGAAAAUACAAAUAAUAUAGAAUAUUUGUCACCAGUUAAUACUAUUGGAUUGCUUGAAAAAGUUCGAGCUGCAAUUUAUUUUUCAUUGGAUGAAUUAUGGUUAGCUCCAUCUGACAACGCAUUAAUUGCUACAUUUCUUGAUCCAAGAUUUAAACAUUUUAAUUGGGCAGCUAAAAACAAACGAGAUAAAGCAUAUCAGUUAGUAAAAACAUUACAUGAUAUAGUGAAAUCAAAUAUUAAUAUCCCGGAUAAUAUAGAAGAGAAAAGUCAAGAAGAUAAUGAGGAUGGAGAUUUUUUUCGAGAUCUUGAAGGUGAUUGUAUGCAAAUAGAUACAGAAGAAGAUGAUGAA